CGACGUGUGCUGUUGGAGCCGGCCUGGAAGGAAGUUUGCUGUGGGUCAGAUAGAGCGCCGUAACGACUCGCCUCCCUGCGGUGCUCAGCCCUGGUCCUCCCCUAACGAGGUUCCAUCUUCUUCCCCUCGCGUGUUGGCAUCCCCUCGUCCCUUCCCUGGCCCUGUAACAUCCCCGCCCCCGGCAUGGCUUCCACCCCAUCUUCGGAUUCCAACUGGGGUCUGAUCAUGAACAUCGUGAACAGCAUUGUGGGAGUCAGCGUGCUAACUAUGCCAUUCUGCUUUCGACAGUGUGGCAUCUUUUUGGGAGCUCUGCUGCUUAUUUUCUGUUCCUGGAUGACUCAUCAAUCCUGUAUGUUCCUAGUGAAAUCAGCCAAUCAAAGCAAACGCAGGACCUAUCCCGGGCUAGCCUUCCAUGCCUAUGGAAAAGCUGGGAAAAUGCUGGUGGAAACCAGUAUGAUUGGACUGAUGCUAGGAACCUGCAUUGCUUUCUAUGUUGUUAUUGGUGACUUGGGAUCCAACUUUUUUGCCCGGUUAUUUGGAGUUGAGGUGAAUGGCAUCUUCCGCGUAGUCCUGCUGAUUAUUGUCUCUCUCUGCAUUGUGCUUCCACUGAGCCUCCAGAGGAACAUGAUGGCUUCCAUACAGUCCUUCAGUGCCAUGGCUCUGAUCUUUUACACUGUGUUUUUGUUUGUGAUUGUGCUCAGUUCUUUCAAACAUGGCCUGUUUGGCGGGCAGUGGCUACAGCGGGUCAGUUACACACGCUGGGAGGGCAUUUUCCGCUGCAUUCCGAUCUUUGGCAUGUCUUUUGCCUGUCAAUCCCAGGUCUUGCCAACCUACGAUAGCCUGGAUGAGCCAUCUGUUAAAAUCAUGAGUUCCAUAUUUGCCUCAUCGCUAAAUGUGGUCACCACCUUUUACAUUAUGGUGGGGUUCUUUGGCUAUGUGAGCCACACUGAAGAAAUUGCUGGGAAUGUACUCAUGAACUUUCCAUCCAAUCCAGUGACGGAGAUGAUACGUGUGGGGUUCAUGAUGUCAGUAGCAGUUGGAUUUCCGAUGAUGAUUCUGCCAUGCCGGCAGGCAUUAAAUACCCUUCUUUUUGAGCAGCAGCAGAAAGAUGGGACAUUUGCUGCAGGAGGUUAUAUGCCACCUCUGCGAUUUAAAGCACUGACACUCGCUGUUGUCUUUGGAACCAUGCUUGGAGGCAUCAUGAUCCCAAAUGUGGAGACCAUUUUGGGCCUAACAGGUGCAACGAUGGGAAGUCUCAUCUGUUUUAUCUGCCCAGCUCUUAUUUACAAGAAACUCCACAAGAAUGCCCUUUGUUCACAGAUCAUAUUGUGGAUCGGUUUAGGCGUUCUGGUCAUUAGUACCUACACUACUUUAUCGGCAGUGGAAGAUACCCCAGCAAAAAUAGAGGCUGUGGAGCCAGGCAAGCUGCAAGAAGGGAUAAAGAAUAUACUGGAUCCAGACUCUGUCAGAAUCUCAGACCAGAACCCAGCGGUGGAAAAAGCGGGCAAUAACCAUGACAAGCCCAAAGCAGAGAAUGACAAAGAAGAAAUGGAACAGCCACAGAUCAGGGUUCCCAUUGAUGUUCCCAAGAGAGACGAGAAAGAGAAACUGAAGGAGGAGGUGCAGCUGGACCGGCCUGAUCAAGGCAUUGCGCUCCCUGUAGGAGAAGCCCACCGCCAUGAGCCCCCGGUGCCACACGACGAGGUGAUGGUGGAUGAGGGUCAGGAUCAUGAGGAGCCUGAAGAAGAGAAGCAGCCACCGGCCAACAAAGAUGUCCUGGUGGAGGGGAAACCUGUGCUGGAGAAGGAGCAAGCACAGCCUCAGCCGGUUCCUGAACAAGCAAAGGAAGAUAAUGCCCAGGAGAAGUUGAAGGACCGCCCCAUGAAAGACCCCAAGCCUGUGCCAGAGGUGGCUGCACAUGAGGAUGAGCGGCCCCCUUACAAAGACUUGGACGUGGACGGUCACAAUGGGAGGAAAGGCAAGGCUGUGGGUGUGAAGGAUAGUGCCAAGGAAGGAGUGAAAUCUGUUGAGAAGGAGAAUGAACCUGGUGAAAAGGAAGAGCCACUGCCACCUGAGCAGCCAGAACCUGCCCAAGCUGAGCAGAGGGAGAUCCGUAAUGUAGAGGAGAAUGCAGACAGCAAGCUAGAGGAAGUGGGCAAAGAGAAGCUCCUUGACCAUGAAGUCCUGCUGCAAGUGAUUAAGGAACAGCAGGUUCAACAGAAGCAGCUCUUGGACCAGCAAGCCAAGCUGCUGGCGGUGAUUGAGGAGCAGCACAAGGAGAUCCACCAGCAGAGGCAAGAAGAGGGAGGAGAGGAAAAGCCAAAGUCAGUAGAAACUCACCAGGAACCUGGCCUACCUCUUUCCAAGAGCAAGGUAAGAGAGGAAGGCCUUGCAAGUAAAACUGAAGAUGCAGCAAAGAAUAUACUUAACGAGAGACUGGAACAUCCUUUGGAUGGGCUCAAUAACCAAUUCCUGGACUCAGAUGGGCAGCGAAGACAACUGGCUGAAGGUCCGGAAGGAGAGCUGAAGCAUGUACACAAAUUAACUAGAGCUCCGCCUAAAAAUCCAGCAUUUCUAAAUGACGGUGAGAAUGUUGCACAGCACCAAGCAGGGAAAAAAUCAGCAGAGAAAUUAGUAGAGCCAGUCAGAAGCAAUUCACAGAUAGCAGGGGCUGAUAGAGAACAUCAAGAGAAGCAGAAAGAAGGCUAUGAUACUAAUUUGGCUCAAAAUGCCCAGGAGAAAAUGAAGAAUGCACAGAAAAUAGAUGAAAUUGGGGGAAAGGCUGGAGGCCAAAAAGAGAUGCUUGGCGAAGCCAAAGUCCAUGCCGUAGCUGAGAAGAUUGCUCAGAGAGUCUCUGAGGGAGAGCCAUUUGCCAGAGUUAAUAAAGAAGAGCUCCAGAAUCAAAAAAAGCAAGCAGAUUCUGCAUACAAGUCAAAGGUCGCUGAAAACGUACAACAGAACCAGGAGGUCCCAGGAGCUGUUAAUGCUGACAAGGCUGGGGAGAAACAGCCCUUCUCUUUGGGCCAGGUUGAUGGACUGCAGGGCCAGGGAGGCGGCAGCAGCAGCAAAGACAGAGCAGUAGCUGGAUUCCAUAUUCCACAGACAAGUCAUGCCAAUCAAUUUCAGCUUGGUGCCAAAAGUGAGCCUAAACACCCAGGGAAGUCGCACGAGUCUGACGGUGACACUGUUGUAAAGACAGAGCUGAUUGCUGUCGCCAGGGAACAUGAAAAUGUGAAACCUAACAGAGACCUUAAGCUGAAGGAAGAUCUGGACUUGCGACGCAGGAGGCGAGACUUAGAGGAAGAGGACAAAAGGACAGGGAAGGUGAUAAUUGGACUUAAUCCCAUCCCAAAUAUGAAAGCCAAUGACUUGCGCAGUGCGCUGGAGACCCAGUUAAAUCAGGCAGCGGAAGGUGCCCAGCAAGCACUUCACAGUCGACAAAUAAAACAGAUACCAGGGGCAGAAGAAGAAGCGUGAGAUCAGGACUUCAUGAGACGUAAGAGGCUGAUGGCUGUUUUGGGAUGCCUGUUACUGAGCUAAGUGCAAUUGAGUAUGUAACUGCUGGCAGUCUGAAUCCGUUGGGUCUGCCUGAACUGGGCUCCAGUGACUGAACAGACACUGACCUGUAUGUGCUCCAUAGGAAAGGGAAUUUUGUAGCUGCCAGCCAGUUUCAUGUUCCAGUACUGUAACACCCAGCCUCUCCAGUGUGCUGGUGGCAAAUCAGGAGAAACCAGGAUCACCCACCCUACCCUCUCACUUUUAAAGCAUACUUUCUGCUUGUCACCUUUCCAUAGAAGCAUUUGAAUUUGAUGCUUGCUCAGUUGCCUUUAACCAUAUGCUUUAAUUUUUGUGUUUUGAACUUGAGUCUGAUUUCAUGUUGAUAAUCUGCUGUUGGUGGAAACUUUCUAUGUGUGUAUAUGUGGGUUUGUCACUUAAAUUAAUUUCAGACACUUCUGUUGCAAGUUCACCCGUUUAGGGCAUGGGUUGAUCUGCAUUUGGAAAUAGUAUCAGGAAAGUGAAACAAGUGUCUAUAAUGGGAAGAUGAUCCAUUGGUCCUGGGUAAAUUCUUUGGAAUUUAGGGCUCAUUAGUGUUGGAUUCAUCUUUAAAUACAUAUAUUAUAAGUUGCUGUUCAGGUGCUUUUUCCAAUUAAUUAAUUGAUUAGCAAUAAUAAAGAGGUCACCCAUUAUUUCUCAAAGGUUAAAAAUCUCUAUCCCAAGUGCAUUAUGGGAUUUCAUACUGUACUUGAAAUGGUCACUUGCUGUGGGAGGAAAUAGUGAGAAAGAGAAAUGAAGGGGUUCCUAGGAGGCAUUAUCAAAGUUUGCAUCUACCUCUUUCUACCAUUCUGUGAAUGCAUGCGUUGUGGUUUAAAGCUCUCCCUACCUGUACCUCUAGUUCUUCAGUCAUUUGUGUGAAACUUGAUUCUGGAUUCUCAGUGUCUGCAGCUGAGCAGAUAAGAAUUGUGUAUUUUGCUGUUAACAGAUUUUUUUUUUACUCUUGAAUGCAACCAGCAGACAAAGGUAUAUGCCCAACUAAUCUGGUUGUGAUUUUUCAAAUUACAGACAUGGUGAAACUUGCCAACAUGGGAGCCUUUUGUCACAAACAAGCUAAAAAAUCCUUGAUUUUGGUACACUGGCCUCUUAUCUCAUAUUGGUCAGUUUUUCUAGAACCAUGGGUCCAGGAGAACAUUGCCUCUACGGCAAUUGCCUUCCAGGUUCUUGCACGGCUGAUCCUGACAAAUGGAACUGAAUUGGAUGCUGUCUUUUCCUGUAAACUGUGUUUAGUGUAUCUCCAUUAAAGAAGAAACAUAGCUGGUGCCACUCAGCUGCUCUGAAGGUUAUUUGCCUUGUCAUAAACAUUAUUAUUAUUAUAGCCUUAAUCUUCAGGAGUCUCAUUGAGUGAAGCUGCUUAAAGCACAAUUAACCAGAGUCAGGAUUACUAUUGCUUCAACUUUUCUAAAGUGGAGGGAAUUAUGUAAAUGUGAUUUGUUUCAGGGGUUUAGAGGGGCUUUUUUUUGGGGGGGGGGAGGGGGCGGUGUAAAACCCAGAAAAGUCAAGUUAGCCUGCAGUGGCUACAGAGGUGUCAGCCAAGUGUUGGCUUGUAAGGGUUUUUCCGACCAAGAAUGGUAUGACUGUGUGCUGUGCCUGUAACUAAAAGGACCAAAGAUAAUUCUGACAUUCCUCUAUAAAGCAUCUGAAUUUUAAACCAACUGUCUCCAAGCAACUAAGGGGGAGGGAAGUAGAAGAAAGGGGACAGGGGGCUUCAGCUGGAAUUCCUCCUCUUCUGCCAUAGCACCAGUUCACCCUGUUUUUACCAUGACAAGUGGCUGGGUGUAUAACCAGGCUGUACAAAUGAAUAAAAUAAAUUCAAGCAUUUUU